AUGCUGCUGAUCCGGCCGCUGCUAGAGACCAACCAGGAACGCAAGCACGUCGUCCACACGGUCGUCUUCUUCAUCUUCAUCGUGUGCAACUGCGGCGGUUGCCUGUUGCCGAUCGGCGACCCGCCGCUGUUCCUCGGCUACCUGCGUGGCGUCGAGUUCUUCUGGACGCUGCAACUCUGGGAACCCUGGCUGCUGUGCAACGGGCUGCUGCUACUGGCCUACCUGCUGCUCGACGAGCUCGUCUACUACCGCCGCGAGACCGAGGCGGACAUCACGCGAGACAUCCGGCAGAUUCGAGCGCUGAAUUACGAGGGCCUGGCGGUCAACGCCCCGCUGCUGUUGGGCGUGAUCGCCGCGGUUGCCCUGCUCGAUCCCUCCAAGACCAUCCCCGGCACCGACUGGCACCCGUGGAUGUACCUGCGCGAGAUCGUGCAACUGACGCUCGUCGCGCUGUCGCUGUGGCUCGGCCAGCAACGGGUGCGCGAAGAGAACAGCUUCAACUACCACGCGAUCCUCGAGGUCGCUGCGUUGUUCAGCGGCAUCUUCAUCUGCAUGCAGCCGGCGCUUCAGAUCCUCGGCGAGCAGGGUCCGAAGCUCGGGAUCGACGCGCCGAUGGCCUUCUACUGGAUCACCGGUGGCCUCUCCAGCGUGCUCGACAACGCGCCGACCUACGUUGUGUUUUUCGAGACGGCCAAGACGCUCUCUCCGCUGGAGGGCGACAACGUCAUCGCGGGGGUGAGCGAGGCUCGCCUCGUGGCGAUCAGCCUUGGCGCCGUCUUCCUCGGGGCGAUGACCUACAUCGGCAACGGGCCCAACUUCAUGGUCCGGGCGAUCGCCGAGUCGUCGGGCGUGAAGAUGCCGAGUUUCUUCGGCUACAUGCUCUACAGCUGCUGCCUGCUGUUGCCGAUUCUGGCGUUCGGGCUCGCCGACCUCUGCGAGCGCCUGGCCGGCUCGACGCGGAUCGGCUUCGACACGGAGUUCGUCUCCGAGGACACGUUCCGCCCCGAACUCUGCCUCGUGCAAGUGAUCGCCGAGGGGGGGCCCGGCGGCGACAUCCUGGCGGUCAUCGAUCCCCAGCCGAUCGGCGACCUGUCACCGUUCUGGGAGACGCUCGCCGACGGCGACCACGUCACGAUCGCUCACGCGGCUCGUGAGGAGAUCAACUUCUGCGUUCACGCGAUCGACCGACCUCCGGCGAACCUGUUCGACACGCAGCUCGCGGCGGCGUUCUGCAGCCCGGAGUACCCGGCGGCCUACAGCUCGGUCGUGCAGAGGCUGCUGAGUUCACGGCCCAACAAAGGCGAGCAGCGGACCGACUGGCGUCGUCGCCCGCUGACCGACGCCCAGAUCGACUACGCGCUCGAGGACGUCCGUUACCUGUUCCCGCUGCACGACAAGAUCAUGCAGCGCGUGCGGAAGCACGGCCGCGAGGCGUGGCUCGACGCGGAGACGACCGCCUUCGUCGAAGAGGUCAUCGCCGCCCGCACCCGUCAGCGGUGGCGGAAGGUGUCCGGCUCCGGCGGCUUGCCGGCGCGGAGCCUGGCGAUCGUCCGCGAGCUGUGGCUCUGGCGACAGGCCGAGGCCGAGCGCCGCGACCUGCCGCCGCGCCGCGUGUUGCGCGACGACCUGAUCGUCGAGCUGGCGAAGAAGAAGACCGACCGCGAAGAUAAGAUCCGCGCGAUCCGUGGCAUGUUGCACGGGCAACUGAAGAAGGCGAUCCCCGACAUCUCGGCGGCGAUCCGCCGCGGCCUCGACGCGCCGACCGACGAUCUGCUCGGACCGCGUCGCAAGCCGCCGCCGCCUCAGCUCAACCUGCUCGGUCAGUUUCUCGCGCCGGCGAUCACGAGCCUCUGCAACCGAGCCCAGGUCGCGUCCGCCCUGGCUUGCACGGCGACCGACAUCCGCGAGCUGAUCAGCUAUCGCCUCGGCUUCGACAAGAAGCCGGUCGAGACGCCCGCCCUCGCCGAAGGGUGGCGGGCCGAGCUGAUCGGCAACCUGAUCGACGACCUCCUGGCGGGCAAAAAGUCGAUCCGCAUCAGCGACCCGCACAGCAGCGAGCCGCUCGGAUUCGAGUCGACGUCCGACGCCGAAGCCGAGUAG